UAAGCAAAAUGAGGUUCUGGGUACUCUUUGUCUUCGUUUUUCUCUCCUCUUCUGGGGCCCUAGCACAGCAAUGUUCAAGCGAAGGCCCUAUAUGCCCCAAUGACGCAUGUUGCAGCAAAUUUGGCUACUGUGGAUUCGAUGAGGCUCAUUGCGGCAAGGACUGCGUGAGCAAUUGCCACCUACCUGGUAAUAUCAGCAAUCUCAUUAACCUGACCACGUUUGAUGAAAUGUUUAAGCACCGCUCUGAUGCUUCGUGUAACACGUCCACCUUCUACACCUAUGAGGCGUUUAUGGAGGCAGCUGUUCAUUUUGGAGGUUUUGGAAGAACUGGCGACAAUGACACCCGUAAGAGAGAAAUUGCAGCCUUUUUGGCUCAAACUGCGUAUGCUACUGCAGGUUAA